CGUCGCUCAGUCGCGCCAUUAUUUAUCAGCUGGAAGGUUAGUUCGGGGCGGGACUUUUGAUUUAUUAUUAUUAUUAUUUGUUUAAGUUGGAGCGUCUGUCCCGUCCCGGCGCCGCCUCGUCACCGAGCGGCGGACGGUGCGCGUCUAUUUGGGGGUGUGACAGCACUCUUCAUACAGCUGUUUAACGGGAACGGAACAGGUUGUUUUGCUGCUGAGUUGAUGGUCCGAACCGGGCUUACCGGGACACAACCUCCGCUUCGGUCGCUCUGAAUGAACUAACGAGUCGCUUUCCAGCAAGCAUGGGACCGGCCGGCGUGUGACAUGAAUGACAAACUGGACAGGCCUUAUGUGUGCGGCGCCCCUGGCUGCUCUCAGCGCUUCCAGCUGGAGGAGCACCUGAUCAUCCACAGACACAAGCAUGAGAUGACUCUCAAGUUUCCCUCCAUAAAGGCGGCGGAUUCCACUUUUACAGACCAGACCCCGACUCCAACAAGAUUUCUGCAGAACUGUGAAGAAGUGGGCCUGUUCAAGGAGAUCGAGGAGGAGUUUCUUCAAGCACAAGAGGAGGAGAACAACAAGAAGAAGCUUUCCCAAAAUGGGCCAUCCUGUCUGAACCAGCACCAACUCAAACCCCAACUUCAACUCCAACACCAUCCCCAGCCUCAGCACCCACACCCCCAGCCACCGCUGCUUCAUCCUCAGGCCCACGGCCCCAUGAUGGCACCCAGCUGCAGCUUGGCUGCCAAUCAAGUUCUGUCCACCUCCUCCCAGUCUGGAUCUGUCAUCACCCCCACCCUAACACAUUCAGGGCCGGUUCCCGGGACGCUGUCCUGCCUGCACCACAUGAGGAACAGACACAGGCAGCCUCUGCCAGCCUCCCUACCUGGCUCCCUGCCAGACCCUGCCAUGCAAGGGGCAUCUGCUCAGCACAUGGCGAUAGAAAAGCAGAUGUCUUGUGCGAUGGAUGUACACAACCCGUCCUGCUCAUCCCCCCAGAGAGCCAAACACACGCUGGGCCAUCACUACCAGCAGCAGCACACGGGGACGGUCCGCAUGGGUCACAUGAUGGACAUGAUGCCACAGCGCCUCCAUCCACCUCCUUUACAGCAACACCACCACCAUCAUCCACCACAGCUUACAACUUCGCCUCCCACCUACCAACAGAGGUAUCAGGCUCCGCCCCCACAACACCUGAGCAGCUGCCACCAGGUGCACCGAUCGCCUCCGUCACAGCUGCAGCAGAGCCCCCCGCCUCCACCUUCUCUGCCUGCCCCAGCUCAGUUAUCUCCAGUUGCUCAACACAUACAGCCCACACAGCCUCACCAUGCGGUGCACGCCGGCAGCAGCUGCAACCGGCGCAGGAGAACCUCAGAGCAGGACCCCGAUGAGAGGAGGCAAAAGUUUCUGGAGCGUAACCGGGCCGCCGCCACACGCUGCCGACAAAAGAGGAAACUGUGGGUGUCGUCGCUGGAAAAGAAAGCUGAAGAGCUGACGCACACAAACCUGCAGCUACAGAACGAGGUGACAUCACUGAGGUCAGAGGUCGGUCAACUGAAGCAGAUCCUGCUCACCCAUAAGGACUGUCCUGUCACGGCUCGGCAGAGGGAAGCACAGGGGUACCCUACUGCAGGGGUGAGUCCAGGAGGAAGUCCCACCCCUGCAGACCCCGAGUCUCACCUUCAGGUCAUCCAACACAACAGCGUCUCCACCUCCUCGACAGCUGGAGGAGACGCCCAGCCUGGACUCUUGUCUUCUAGCUGCAGAUGAAACGCUGCGAUAAACAUGCAAACUCAUAAAAGUGUUACUGGUUUGUUCUGGUUGGACAGGGAACCAGAAACGUUCCCAUCAAGCGUAAAAACAGCAAGGAAAUCUCAUCUACCAGAUCCCCCGGUUACCUGUAAUUCACCUAAAAACAAUUUUAAAACACUUUUGCUAAUAAACUUUGCACAAAUUUUGAAAUAUAUAUGCAAACUUUUUAAAAGGGCAGCAGCAAUGGUUGCACGUUUUAUGGCUUUUAUUUGAAGAAGAAACAGUUUGCAUUUUUUAUUCUUUAAAUUCAUCAAAGUCAGUCAAACCCAUGCCUGUGUUACAGAAACCAACCAAAAGGCACUUUUGUAAAACACUUUAAAUUUUUCUCUAAAAGUUUCGGAAACUUCUAUUUUAAUGACGUGUUUUGUACUGUAAAAAUGUUACUCAUCUAAUACGCAAAUAAAAAGAUAUAUUCUGGUAUCA